AUGAAGGACAAAGCAGCAGCAGCAGCAGCAGCAGCAGACAGCAGCAGCAGCUUGGGCUCCGGCAGCGACAGCGAACAAAGCCUCGAAGACUUCCAAGACGCAGAGCUGCAUCCAGCAGCAAAGUCUUUGCUGCUGAAGUUUGAGUCCGAGGAAGACAGCUCGCUGCGGUGGGACCCUUUGGAAGCUGUGGAUGAAUUGGCUGUGCUGCGGGAAGCUUUCAAUUCGCUUCCUGCUGCUGCAGCGCAGCAGCUGCAGCAGGAGCUGGGCGCGGAGAAGCUGGGGGAGCUCGUGGGUCUUUAG